CGGGCGGCCCGGCGUGGCGCUCCAGCGGCCUCCAGCGACCCGGUCCCCGGUCGUCCCCGCAGUGUCGGUGGUGAUGGGCAUCCCGAGCGUGCGGCGCGAGGUGCACUCCUACCUGACGGACACGCUGCACUCGCUCAUCUCCGAGCUGAGCCCGCAGGAGAAGGAGGACUCGGUCAUCGUGGUGCUGAUCGCCGAGACUGACCCCCAGUACACGGCGGCAGUGACGGAGAACAUCAAGGCCUUGUUCCCCGCGGAGAUCCACUCGGGGCUCCUGGAGGUCAUCUCCCCUUCCCCCCACUUCUACCCUGACUUCUCCCGCCUGCGCGAGUCCUUCGGGGACCCCAAGGAGAGAGUCAGGUGGAGGACCAAGCAGAACCUGGACUACUGCUUCCUCAUGAUGUACGCGCAGUCCAAAGGCAUCUACUACGUGCAGCUGGAAGAUGACAUCGUAGCCAAGCCCAACUACCUGAGCACCAUGAAGAGCUUCGCCCUGCAGCAGCCCUCGGAGGACUGGAUGAUCCUGGAGUUCUCGCAGCUGGGCUUCAUCGGGAAGAUGUUCAAGUCGCUGGACCUGAGCCUCAUCGUGGAGUUCAUCCUCAUGUUCUACCGGGACAAGCCCAUCGACUGGCUGCUGGACCACAUUCUGUGGGUGAAGGUCUGCAACCCUGAGAAGGACGCGAAGCACUGUGACCGGCAGAAGGCCAACCUGCGCAUCCGCUUCAAGCCGUCGCUCUUCCAGCACGUGGGCACCCACUCGUCCCUGGCCGGCAAGAUCCAGAAGCUGAAGGACAAGGACUUCGGCAAGCAGGCCCUGCGGAAGGAGCACGUGAACCCGCCCGCCGAGGUGAGCACCAGCCUCAAGACGUACCAGCACUUCACCCUGGAGAAGGCCUACCUGCGCGAGGACUUCUUCUGGGCCUUCACUCCCGCCGCAGGGGACUUCAUCCGCUUCCGCUUCUUCCAGCCCCUGCGCCUUGAACGCUUCUUCUUCCGCAGUGGGAACAUCGAGCACCCGGAGGACAAGCUCUUCAACACGUCCGUGGAGGUGCUGCCCUUCGAUAACCCCCAGUCGGAGAAGGAGGCCCUGCAGGAGGGGCGCUCGGCUGCCCUGCGGUACCCACGGAGUCCCGACGGCUACCUGCAGAUAGGCUCUUUCUACAAGGGCGUGGCCGAAGGCGAGGUGGACCCGGCCUUUGGCCCCCUGGAGGCCCUGCGCCUCUCCAUCCAGACCGACUCCCCGGUGUGGGUCAUUCUGAGUGAGAUCUUCCUGAAAAAGGCCGACUAAGGGAGCCUUCCGAGGCGCUCCUGGCCUGCCUAAGAGGUCUCGCCGCUGCCCCCGGAGGGCCCGGCGUGGCCACGGCGGUGGCGCUGCCGGCUGCCGGCUGGCUGGCCCGGGGUCCACCGCUGGCCCGGAGGCCCCAGGAGCUGGUGCUGCCCCGGCCUGGGCCGGGCCACAGGAGGCUGGCGGCCCCACACUGUGCCUGAGGGCCGGCCUGCGCCGCCCGAACCGAACCGGAACCGCACCCCCGACGCCGACCGGCCGGCCUCGCCAGGCCGUUUUAGAGGAGCUUUUCCUUGGGCGCUGCUGUCUCUGGCGCGAACACUGGAAUGCAUAUACUACUUUAUGUGCUGUGUUUUUUAUUCUUGGAUACAUUUGAUUUUUCACCUAAGUCCACAUAUACUUCUAUAAGAGCGUGACUUGUAAUAAAGGGUUAAUGAAG